GGGAGGGAGCCAGGUGUGACGUCAGAGCAGGCGGAGCAGAGCGUGCUCUGCGCGCGGGCCGCCCAGCUGUGUGAGUGUGUGUGUAGACGUGUGUAUAUGUGUGUGUGGCAUUGAGGUGACAGUCGCUCGACUUCACACUAAACAAGGAAGUGGAGGAUAUGGGUCCACACUGACGGCGGAUAGAAACCCGUGGAGUCCUCGUUCUGAUCAGUCUCUGGUCCUGAUCAGUCUCUGGUCCUGAAGACUCCUGGUUUUUCCAUCUGGCUCCAGUGCUCUCUGCGUCGGCCAUGUUUCCUCCAGCGUCCUGCCUCCCAGCAGCUUCCUGUGAGACAGAGAUGAGCCGGGGCUGCACCACCACCACCACAUCCACCACCAUCCCAUCAGCCUGCUCAGCGUGAGCUCACAUCAGUUUCCCGUCUCUGUGACCAUCAGUACUGAAGCGUCUAAAUCAUGGCGGCUAUUCCUCCUGGGAUCCGCCUGCUGGUGUCCUUCGACAGGGACCAGUGGUACAGAGCCCUCACCUUCAUCCUCACCUUCCUGCUCUACACCAGCUUCCACCUCUCCAGGAAACCAAUCAGCAUAGUCAAGAGCGAGCUUCAUAAAAACUGCUCAUCUGUCAGUGAGCUGGCUACCGCUGCCGCCAGCAGCAGCAGCCAACAGCCUCCUCUGCCGUCCCUCCGAACAGACGUGGACUGCAGCUGGAAGCCUUUCGAUAAAAGAAACUACAAACAGCUGCUAGGAGCCAUGGACUACUCCUUCCUCUGUGCCUACGCAGUGGGAAUGUACCUCAGUGGCAUCAUCGGGGAGCGCUUGCCCAUCCGUCUGUACCUGACCUUCGGCAUGGUGAGCAGCGGCCUGUUCACCUGCCUGUUUGGACUUGGUUACAUCUACAACAUCCACAGCAUGAGCUUCUAUGUUUCUGUCCAGAUAGCGAACGGUUUGGUUCAGACCACUGGCUGGCCCAGUGUGGUGACCUGCAUCAGCAACUGGUUUGGAAAAGGAAGGCGUGGACUCAUCAUGGGACUGUGGAACUCUCACACCUCCAUAGGAAACAUCCUGGGCUCACUGAUCGCUGGAUACUGGGUGUCCAGCAACUGGGGCAUGUCCUUCAUCGUACCGGGAAUCAUCAUCGCUCUCAUGGGCAUCGUGUGCUUCCUCUUCCUCAUUGAGCAUCCAAAUGACCUGAAGAGCAUGUAUGCUCAAAAUGUAUCACCAACCACAAGUGCUCCAACAAAGAGUUGGAACGGUGUGAACGGACACACUGAGGUGUAUCUGCAGUACAAGGACGGCAAAACACAGAGCUAUGACACAGAGCUGCUGUUACCCAGAGACAGCGUGUGUGUCCCUGUGCAGCCGGUUGUGGUGGUGAAGCGGGAAUCGGAGCCGACUGCAAUCAGCUUCAUGGGAGCCCUUCGGAUACCAGGAGUGAUCGAGUUCUCUUUGAGUCUGCUGUUUGCUAAGCUGGUCAGCUACACCUUCCUCUUCUGGCUGCCACUCUACAUCACCAAAGCAGCUCACCUAGAUGCAAAGAAAGCUGGAGAUCUCUCCACCCUGUUCGAUGUGGGAGGCAUCGUGGGAGGGAUCCUAGCUGGAGUGAUCUCUGAUAAACUUGGGAAGAGAGCGACCACAUGUGCAGUCAUGUUGCUUCUGGCAGCUCCCACGCUGUACGGUUUCUCCAUGAUCAGCAAAUUCGGUUUGGGACCAACCAUCGGCAUGCUGUUAGUGUGCGGAGGCUUAGUCAAUGGACCGUACGCCCUCAUCACCACUGCAGUCUCCGCUGAUUUGGGGACGCACAAGAGCUUAAAAGGCAACGCCAGAGCUUUGUCGACCGUCAGUGCCAUCAUCGACGGCACAGGAUCUGUAGGAGCAGCAUUGGGCCCCCUGCUGGCUGGGGUGUUGUCUUCAGGAGGCUGGAAUCAGGUCUUCUACAUGCUGAUGGCAGCUGACUUCUUCGCUCUGCUGCUUUUGCUACGGCUCGUCACGAAGGAGCUGGCCUCUUCUAAAACCCGUCCCAUCUCUGCUGUAGAGGUUGUGUUUUUGAUGGCGACUUACUACAGGAGAGCUAAAUCGGUCUCACUCAUGGCAUGGAGGAGGCUUCAGGCUCAGCUGGAGGUGGCAGGUGUCAGCCAAAACGGUACACGAGCAGGCAGGUGGGAUGUUGUCGGACCGCUGACUCCGCUCCUCGGUUGGUUGUUUCUCGGCGGAGGGAGAGGGACCGGAGCGGCGACACGGAGCCCGGAGCAGGAACCGCACAGCGACGCACCGACUCCGGGGAGAGGAGGGGGGACCAUGGGCUCCGCUUCGUCCUCAUACCGGGUAAUUUACCUGGACGUGGACGGCAGGAUUCAGAAGGUGGUGUUCAGUCGAUUCUGCAGCCCGUGUGACAUUAAGGAGCUGUUCUGUACAGCACUGGGUGUGCCAAGGAACACGAACCUGACCCUGCUGGACUCCUCUGGAGCCAUGGUGUCCAUUGACCCCACCAUGCCACACAACACAGAGAGGUCACCGUACAGAGUGGUGCCAAUGACUGGAGGAGGGCUUGCAGAUAAAGAGGAACUCUUUCAGAAUGUACUGACGCAAGUGGCCGAGCAGUUUUCAAGGGCGUUCAAAAUCAACGAGCUGAAGACCGAGGUCACAAACCGUCUCGCCAUGUUGGAAAAGAGAGUUGAGCUGGAGGGGAUGAAGGUGGUGGAGAUCGAGAAAUGUCGCAACGACAUCAGGAACCUGCGGGAGGAGAUGGCGUCCAGGAACAACAGUAACUUCCUGGAGGACAACAAGAAGCUGACUCCUCGCAGAGACGUCCCCUACCCAAAGUACCACCUCUCUAAGGAGACUAUUGAAGCUCUUAGGUUGCCUACAUUCGGCUGGCGAUGGGAGCCAAACGAGAUGCUAAGCUGUCUGGAGCACAUGUACCACGACCUCGGCCUGGUCAAAGACUUCAACAUCAACCCCAUCACGCUCAAGAGAUGGCUGCUCUGCAUUCACGAUAACUACAAGAACAACCCCUUCCACAACUUCCGCCAUUGUUUCUGCGUCACUCAGAUGAUGUACAGCAUGAUCUGCCUCUGCAGCCUGCAGGAGAAGAUCACUCAGGUCGACGUUUUGAUUCUGAUGACGGCCGCCGUGUGUCACGACCUCGAUCACCCCGGAUACAACAACACGUACCAGAUAAAUGCCAGGACAGAGCUGGCGGUUCGUUACAACGACAUCUCUCCUCUGGAGAAUCAUCACUGUGCCAUCGCCUUCCAGAUCUUCUCUCAGCCCGACUGCAACAUCUUCUCCAACUUCGACCCCGAGGUCUUCAAACAGAUUCGACAGGGAACCAUCACUCUGAUCCUGGCCACAGACAUGGCUCGACACGGAGAGAUCCUGGACUCCUUCAAACAGAAAGUGGACAGCUUUGACUACACAGACGAGGAGCACGUCACCUGUCUGAAGAUGGUGCUCAUUAAGUGCUGCGACAUCUCCAACGAGGUUCGGCCCAUGGAGGUGGCAGAGCCCUGGGUGGACUGUCUGCUGGAGGAGUACUUCAUGCAGAGCGACAGAGAGAAGGCCGAGGGGCUUCCUGUGGCUCCCUUCAUGGACAGAGAAAAGGUCACCAAGCCGACUGCGCAGAUCGGCUUCAUCAAGUUCGUCCUGAUCCCCAUGUUUGAGACCGUGAUGAAGUUGUUCCCACAGAUCGAGGAGGCGAUGGUGCAGCCGCUCAGAGAGUCUAGAGACCGAUACGAGGAGCUGAAACAGAUCGAUGACGCCAUGAACGAGGUGCAGAAGAACAAGAGUGAGAGCCUGACCAUAAAGAAAAAGAAGUAAUGGUUUUGAGAAGCGGUGAGCGUAGAGCACGCGUGCAGCAGUGUGGUGUGAAGUGAAGAUGUCGGACACGUGGGUCGUGGUCGGGCUGUCCUCUGAGAACGAGCAGAGGAGCAGCAGGAGUCUGAUCUGUGUUUGAAGCAGCAGAUCCGAGACAGCGUUACAAACCACUGACGGGCCGGAGGAGCGGACGGACCACCCAAAGCUUUUUCAGGAAGUGUCAACAUUUGUACAGCACAGAAAGUUCAGUGAACAAUAUUUAGAUACAGAACCUGCAUUGUUUUUUAUUUGACAUGUGUUGUUUUUUACAGAUUGUACAGAUUUUUAGUGACUUUUGUUCUUUCCUACAAAAAAAAUUAAAGAAUUACUUGAA